AUGAGCAUCACGGUCACAGCACCAAAAAACCAGUCAAAGAUGGCGAUUGUCCAAAAUUGGUGUGACGGUGGAAAGGCGGGCGGCAAGUGGCACCGAGCUGCCUUGCCGCGCCGCGCCGCUCCGCUCGCAGCCAAAGGGCGGUCGCCUCCUUCAAUAAUUCACCAGCUCCAACCAACCGGCUCCCUGUCCCAUCACAACGCCCCAUAUCGCGCUGUCUCUUUCCUACGUUGCGCAUUUACUACACGAUUUCUUGCGUCCCGUUUGAACAUGUUGGGGUCGUGUGAUGGCCUCUCGUUCGCUCUCAUUAGGCGGGUCUCGUGUCUUGUUUUAUGCAGUAUGUUUGGCGAACGUUUUAUAAGGUUUGCAGAGCGGCGUACAGAGCACCAGCUUGGCGCAGAGGUUUCAAUAUUUGUUAAAUGGUGUGUCACUUACGACCUUAUACGAGUAAUCUAA